AUGAUGAUAACCCCAAAGUUUGUGAUCACCGUUGUUUUCAUGGUAGUUUCGACUUUAGGAGUAUGUGGUGCCGCCAGAACAGUCUUCACCGAUGACCAUGGCCAUCAUGGUGUUGCUGCUACACAUCCAUCGAGAAACGGCCAUAGACAGAAAGAUCGCGGCGGAGGUAAUGGAGGACAUCAAGAUGUGUAUAAUGACAGGGUUGGAAAAGGUGCAGGUGGUGGCUCUGGUGGGUUUGGCGGAGACAGCGGUGGAGAAUCUGGAACCGGGUCUGGGUAUGCUGGUGAUGAUGGAAACGGCGGGUACGGUGGAUAUGGUGGGAGUGGUGGAGACGGGGGAGGUGGAGCCGAGGGUGGGUUUGGUGGUGAUGAUGGACACGGCAGGUACGGUGGAAAUGGUGGAUAUAAUAAUGGAGAUGGUGGGAAUGGUGGUGGGUUUACUGGAGAUGGUGGAUAUGGUAGCAUAGGUGGAAAAGGAAAAGAUGGUGAAGGCAGCGGAAAUGGAAUAAAUUAA